AUGCGUUUAAUGUCGAAAGAAAUGCCCUCUCAAAGUCUUGUGGCCAAUCACAAAGCGAGUAUUUUUUGCGCAGUUUGCGGAGAUACUGCGCUUGGGAAACAUUAUGGAGUCAAUGCUUGUAAUGGAUGUAAAGGAUUUUUUCGACGGAGCAUUUGGAAAAAUCGGACUUAUGCAUGUAGAUAUCAAGGGAAAUGUGGGGUGGCAAAAGAACAGCGCAAUGCCUGCCGUGCCUGUCGACUUACAACAUGUCUGAGAGUUGGAAUGAACCCAAGAGCCGUUCAAGGAGACACUAGCGAUUCGGCUUCAACGAGUUCUAGUCCCAACAUGGUUUCAUAUGAUUCAAAGAUCUACACGAAGGAAGCAGAAUGUCAGACUGAACUGUCAACCAUCUCAAGUCAUCCAACAUCUCCAACAAAUCUUCCUUUUGCUAGCUCCGCCUCGGCUUCUGCUUCUCCUUGCUCUUCGAUUUCUACAGUACACUCACACUGCGUUGCAACAACACUUCCACCCAAUCCUUCUUUACCGAAGUAUGAUCAUCUCCUAAUGACACUCACAAGAAUAUUCGAGCGUUGUGAUGAAAAUUCACCAGAACCACAACCAAAUACAUACUGUUUUGAAUACGCAUUCUACAAUCCACAUUGCAUUUGUAACCGGACCAAACUGACUCCAACUGGGCAACGAGUUGCCACACUGCCAGAAGUUCUUCAAGAUUUUCGAAGGAUUUUCGUAUUGUUCACAGAUGUUUUAUCGAUACUUCCAGAAUUUUCCCGACUAGAUGCCAGUGAUCGAAUGGUGUUAGCCAAAAGUCGUUUUUCAUUUUUCUACUGGUGGUUGACAUGUUGUUGGACUGCAAAAGCUGGAUGCCCUGGAGUUUGUUAUGCAAAUGGAUCUUAUCAUCCGAUUGACAAACAACUUCAAGCAUUUCCAGAUGUCAAAGGCGUCACAGAAUUGUCGGUGGAGACGGUAUCAAAACCAUUAGCCAACAUCCAUAUAACAGAUGCAGAAAUAUUGAUUGGAAGUGUUUUCGCAAUUUUUUAUGAGUUUCCGCUGCCUCCCAGAAUGUCAUAUGCAAGCUCUCACAUGUUGAGUGAAGCUCGCGAUCAUUACACACAAUGUAUGAUCACGGUAUCACCGUACGCCCAUUCAGAAGUCAAAAGCGCUUCUAGAUUGGCAGAGAUAUCAUUGAUCUUUUCAUCGAUUACGAAUCUCAAAUACUUGACAUCUGACAACAUAGAGCUCUCGGAUGUUCUGCAUGUGAUGGAAGUUGACCAAUUAUUCUCGGAUGCUUUCGAUGUACAUCGACCAAUUGAUUAA